AAUCAGCUAGUUAUUUACAUCACAUAUUAAUUAGAAAUCUCUCUUUGAAAAUGUCUCUAACACAGACAUUAUUUGCAAUACUAGUUGCGUUGCUAUUUUCAUCACUAGCAACCUCUAAUCAAGUUCUUGACAACUUUCUACAAUGCCUUCCUAAUCAUGUUGAACCUUCUAAACCAAUUCUUGAAGCCAUCUACACACCAAACAAUUCUUCUUUCCAAUCUGUUUUACAGGCUUACAUCAAAAACCGCAGAUUCUUAACUCCUUCCACCACCAAACCACUUGCUAUUGUAACAGCACUGCAUGAAUCCCAUGUCCAGGCGACUGUUGUUUGUGCAAAGUAUCAUGGCAUGCAAUUGAGGAUCCGAAGUGGUGGCCAUGAUUUUGAAGGCCUUUCUUAUAUGUCAGACGUUCCUUUUGUCAUUCUUGACAUGUUCAAUCUCCGAUCUAUAGAUAUCGAUAUUGCUUCUGAGACUGCAUGGGUUCAGGCUGGGGCAAUUCUCGGUGAACUUUACUACAAGAUUGCCAAGAAAAGCAAAGUUCACGCCUUUCCGGCAGGAAUCUGCCUUACUCUUGGAGCCGGCGGUCACUUUAGUGGAGGAGGAUAUGGGACCAUGAUGAGAAAGUAUGGCCUUUCUGUUGACCACAUCAUUGAUGCGCAGAUAGUAGAUGUCAAUGGCAAUAUCCUUGACAGAAAAUCUAUGGGAGAGGAUUUGUUCUGGGCGAUUAGAGGAGGUGGCGGUGCAAGUUUCGGAGUCAUCCUUUCUUGGAAGAUCAAAUUAGUACGAGUCCCGGCUAAAGUGACUAUAUUCUCAGUGCAAAGAACCUUGGAACAAGGUGCUACUGGUAUUGUUUAUAAAUGGCAACAAGUUGCUAAAAAAAUAGAUAAAGAACUCUUCAUAAGGGCACAACCAGAAGUUCAGAAUCCAAGAAACGCGACAGAGAAGAAGACUGUUAGAGUAACUUUCAUCGGCCAAUUCUUAGGACAAACCAGCAAGCUCCUCACCUUGAUGAAUAAGAAGUUUCCUGAAUUGGGUUUAAAGCAAGAAGACUGCAAGCAAGUGAGUUGGCUUCAGUCCACAAUGUUCUGGACCAAUCUUCCGAUUGAGUCACCUCCUGAGGUUUUACUCAAUAGAACCAUCCCGGCAGAACUGUUUUUCAAAAGCAAAUCAGACUACGUGAAAGACGUAAUCUCAAAGAAAGAUUUGGAGAAGAUAUGGAAGAUGUUCCUGAAGACAGAAGGGAUGGUGAUGCAGUGGAAUCUAUACGGAGGAAGAAUGAGUGAGAUUCCAGACACAAGCACUCCAUUUCCUCACAGGGCUGGAUACCUGUUCAAGAUUCAGUACUUCACGUUGUGGUUCCAGGAAGGGACAGAGGCGAGCAACCGUCACAUUAGCUUGGCAAGAGAAAUGUACGACUCAAUGGCUCCGUACGUAAGCAAGGACCCAAGAGAGGCAUUUCUAAACUACAGAGAUCUUGACAUUGGUAGCAAUCCAAGCAACCUGACAAACUUUGAGGAAGCUGAGGUUUAUGGGCAUAAGUAUUUCAGGAACAACUUCAGGAGACUGACAGAAGUGAAGAAGAGAGUGGAUCCAGAUAACUUCUUCAAGAAUGAGCAGAGUAUUCCGCCCCUGCCUGCUGCUGCUUCAUGAGUGAAAAAACUUGCACAUGACUUUAAUUAGUUCGAAAAUUCUUUUAUAUUUUCAUGGAGGUUUUGUAUAUCUAUUUUGGUUAAUAAUAAGGACUCGACUAGUGGCUUUAUGGUUGACUUAUUCAAUCCAUAAAGAGCCAUUCCGAUGCACAAAUGGUAAUUAAUAAAUAUUUGAGUAGCCAUAAUGCAUUGACAUCUUUUCUUUUA